GUCGCGCAUGCAGGCCCCGCAUAAUGAGGAGUCUGCAGACGGUGCAGCCAUUAGAUAACAUUUUGUUGCAGCGUAUUAGGAGUGUGGUGUGCAACCAACCCGAAGGACGUCCAAAAACAACAAUACAGUCUUCAUGGUUCUGAUCUCACCCCGCGCCAUGCAAGCCACCCGGGCGUCCACCACCGUCAGUGUGUUUGCGGACUGCAACGUGCCGGCCGGGCUCCGGAUCGGACCGGUACCGGGCGUCUUCAAGCUGGGGAAGUACCUGUCGGACCGCAAGGACGUCGGACCGAAAAAAAAAAUCCGUUUGCUGCGCGGAGAGUUCGUGGACGAGUCGGGCUGUCCUGUGCCCGAUUGGAUCGGAUUCAUCCGCGCCGCCAGGAACAGCCAGGAGCAAAACCUGGAGGCGGUGACGGACUUACCUGGCGGACAGAUUUUCUACCGAGUCCUGAGAGAAAUCCCAGCGGGAGAGGAGCUGAGUGUGUGGUACUCCAACCCUCUCGCCCAGUGGUACGACAUCCCCACCACGGCCACUCCCACGCACGACGAAAAAGGUGAGGAGCGCUACAUCUGCUGGUACUGCUGGAGAAUAUUCAAAUACCCCAACACCCUCAAAGCCCACGUCCACUUCCACUGCGCCCUGAGCAACGGGCGGGGGUUCGUGAGCGGCGAGCAGGCCAGAGGUACCGAGUCCUUCAGCAGGUCGCCCAAGUCCGGAGACAUCCCCAACACCUCCGGGCACAGCAACUCCUCAGACUCUAACCGGCGGGCGGUGUCCUCCUCGCCUUUCCCGAACAACAAAGGCGGACUGUCGAAGAAAAGCAGCGCCGAGGAGCAGGACCGGGCACUCGACAUGAGCGUCGCGUCAGCCAGGAACCAGGGACACCUGCUCGGACUGGGAGCCGCGUCUUCAGUGCUGGGUAGCAUGGGCUUCCAUCCGGGCGUGCGCUCCGCUUUCAAGCCGACGGGCAUCUCUAAAGCCCUGGGCGCAGAGGCGUCCAGAGAGGAGGCCGGCGGCAAACUGAGCGGCCUCGGAUUCAGCAAACUCAUCGGGAACUUGAAGCCAAUCCGCAACCUGGGCGAGGCCCUUAACGGGGCUGGGAACCACCCUCCAAAGUGCGCGCCCACCAUCGUGGACUCCACAUCUCCAAUGGUACCGUGCGGGAAUCCCAUCCGGGGGUUCCCACUGCUGCCGCACGUGGAGGAGACAUCGGCUUUCAAGCACGUCGAGAGUCGACUACACACCGGGUUGUCCCCCUCCCGGUACCCCCAGAUGCCUCCCGGCCUGCACUUUGAAAGGUUCUCACUUCCACACUUCGACGGCGUGAAGACGUACGGUGGAGACUGUAACAUCCCGCUGAUGCCCUUCACCGUCUACAACGGGGAGCUCCUGUACAGCUCCCCGUAUUACCCGCUCAAAUUCCACUUCAGCAACCUCCUCAAGUACCCGGACUCCGUGCCCUACUUUGGCGCCCCCCCGCUGAGCCAGGACCUGGGCUCCAUUACGAACAUUGACCGGGAGAUCGCCAUGCACACGCAGCAGCUGUCGGAGAUCAGCUCGGAUAAGAGUCGGGCUCGGAUGGACUCGGUGCCCGCCGGGAGCACCGGCUCCACCGGCUCGGGCAAACCCAAGAAGGGCCACUUGUGCCUCUACUGCGGGAAGCUGUACUCCCGGAAGUACGGCCUGAAGAUCCACAUGAGGACUCACACAGGGUACAAGCCUCUCAAAUGCAAAGUGUGCUUCAGGCCCUUUGGAGACCCGAGCAACCUGAACAAGCACAUCCGGCUGCACGCGGAGGGCAACACGCCCUACAGGUGCGACUUUUGCGGGAAGGUGCUCGUGCGGAGGCGGGACCUGGAGCGGCACGUGAAGUCCAGGCACCCCGGACAGACUCUGAAGAAGCUGGACGACAAACCGGGCGGCCCGUUCGACGACGCCGACCACAAAAGCGACAAUGACAGUGACGUGGACGUAUGUUUCACCGACGACCAGAGCGACCAGGAAUCGAGCAAAAACAAUGACUUAGUUUUGUCAGAGACGAUUUAAUGGGACCCCCACCCUUUGGUGUUGCAUGAAGUAAUAUCUGCAAAAGAAAUGUCACUUCUUGAACGUUAUUUUUCCGUUACAUAUGGGAAAAAAUAUAUUCAAAUAAAAGAUCCAAGUUUUUUUCUUAAUUUAAAAAUGUGUAUUUAUCACUCUCCGUUGUUUAUGGAAUCCGUUUAGGAUUCUCACAAUAAAAAAAAGUAUCAAAUGAUAAUAAAAAAGAAGCAACUUAAUGCAGCAGCCGUUCGGUUUUAUUUACUUUACAAAUCAUCACUUAAAAAAAAAAAAAAUCGAAACAAAUGCAUUGUUUUCGUGCAGGCAGACGCUGAAUCCACCUGCGCGCAAAAACAAACAGCAAUCAGUAACAGAUGUUUCGUUUUCUUUUUUUCUUUUAUUUCAAGCUACAAAAAACAGAAAAAAAACCUGCCAAGGUUGACUAAGACAUAUUUGUGAAGUUUGCUCUUUUUUUUUUUUCUUGCUGAGGAAAAAAGUAAUCUGGAUAAAGUCCACAGUCCUGUUCAGGAAAUCAGCGUGACUCCCAACUUUUACAAAUUUUUGUUCGCAUUGUGAAUCUUACUCGAAUUUUCCAUUUUGCACUUUAACAACAAACCAUCUCCACUGCUACGCUGCAAAAAAAUAAUUUCCCAACCCCAUCUCUUCCCGAACUUGACUCCGUACUUCAAUUUGCACUUUUUCCCCCCCCGACCUCGUUCUUCUGACGGUGGCAAAAUGCAGCUUCCGGUUUACUUAAGGAUUUAUUGCCAGAGAAAAAAAAUUUAGCUAUUGUUUGCAGUCAUACAAAAUGUAAAGAAGCUGUAAAUGAAGAAGAUGAUAUUUCGCAUUCCGCUGGAGAAGUUGUGUAUGUGUGUUUAUACGUGCUGUUUGUCUGAGAGGACAAUAAUAUACUCCUAAUUAUUAAAUGGAUGUCCCCCCUCUCUCCCCCGUUGGAAUAAAUUAAACUUGAAGAAUAAAAA